GGCUUGAUCGGCUGUUGGAGCCCUCGUGAGGCGGCCGUUGGCGGCGGCAGUUGCGGAGCGGGGUUUCCUUGCCUUGGGCUGGGCGCCGUCCUCUCGCGCGGGAGGGAGAAGAUGCCGUCGGAGCAGUUCCGCAUGGCGACCCUGGAGGCUCUCCGCAGCAGCCGCAAAGGGCAGCUCAGCUACUGCCGCGAGUGGGACCCGGGCGAGGAAAUUCUGGAAGGGUACAGAGCCCCCCCUGAGCUCUCUCCCUAUUCAGGUUGGGUGCUGGAACGACUGCUCUCCCGCUCUUCAAAGGAAGGUCCUCACUUUUCAAGUUCGGCUCCUGAAGGAGAAUCCGCUCCUGUCACACCCCAGGUGUCCUCCCUCGUAAACACUGUUUCGCCCACCAACCUGUUGCUUCCCAGACCACUUUCAACAGAAGCACCAAGCGAUGCACAGGACUGUGAGAAAUGGAGAGAUCUGGAGACCAACCAGGAGAACGUUACUGUGCCUUCCCCUUCAAAAAGCGUGGAGGUGGAAGGCCUCAUACGCUUGCACGAGGAAAUCCAGAAGCUAAAGGGAAAGGAAGAGCUCCGGAAGCGCCUGGAACAGCAAGAGCAGGUGGUGAAGGCCGCCUCGGAGGAGGCAAGCGAGCUGCUGAAGCGCUUCGAUGAGCUCAAGGAGCUGAAGCAGCACCAGGAAUAUCAAGACUUGCAGCAAGUGAUUGAGAGCAGCUCCAAAGAAACUCAAGGGCAACAGGAAAAGCUGAAAGAGGAGCAUCGUCGCAGAGCCAAGCUUUUGAGCCGGAAAUUACGAGAGGCGGAACAGCAGCGUCAGCGCCAAGAAGAACUGGAGCGCCUCCGCAAAGAGGAGUGCCAGGAGUGGCUCCGGCGCCUCUACUCGAUCCAAGAGGAAGUGCUCCAGAUCAAUCAACAGAUCGGCGUCCAUAGCAGGCAUAAGGACUUGCCUGGGAUUGACCUCUUGGCGUACAGCAACCGCAGCAAUCAGAUUUGCGGGGAAGUGUCUGGGCUCGUUCGCACAGCCAGCGAGAGAGGGUUUCCCACUCAAGUGGACAUGGCCUCUGCUGAGCAGGUACUCCUGGAAAUGCAAGGGUUAAUUGCCAGCUUGCAGCAAGAGAUUGGCCUGGCCAUGGAAGAGAAGAAGCGGCGGGAGGAGGAGGCGGCAGCAGCGGCGGCGGCGGCAGCAGCCAAGGAGAGGCAGAAGGAGCUGCAGAAGCAGGAGCUUGCAAAAGCCCAGGCCCCAAAUCUUGCGAAGCCUGUCAGAGGGACGUCCCCGGACACCGGGCUUCAGGUGAAAGCAGCAGAGAAAACGAUGCAGUGGUACCAGCAAUUGCAAAAAGAAUAUGAACAGUGUGUUGCUUCCUUCAGUGGGCUGGUUGAUAGCCAAGACAGCCAGGUGAAAAGAAUCCGAAUGGAUUUGCAGAAGGCCGUCACCAUCCCCGUUAGUCAGAUCUCUACCAGAGCAGGUUCUCAGUUGAGAGAGAUAUUUGAUAAGAUCAAUAACCUCCUUUCAGGAAAGUCUGUACAUAGUGGCGGAUCCAACAUAAGUGUCACUCAACAUCCUCAGGGUCUGGGGUUUGUUUAUUUCAAGCUGGCAGAGAAGUUUGUGAAACAAGGAGAGGAGGAAGUGGCUUCGCAUCACGAGGCAGCUUUCCCAAUCGCUGCAGUGGCCUCAGGCAUCUGGGAGCUGCACCCCAAGGUCGGAGACCUCAUCCUGGCACACCUGCACAAAAAGUGUCCUUAUGCCGUCCCAUUCUAUCCAGCUCUGAAGGAUGGCACUCCCCUGGAAGAAUAUCAGAAGAUGCUAGGUUACCAAGUAAAAGAUUCCAAAGUCGAGCCCCAAGAUAACUUCCUGAAACGAAUGUCUGGGAUGAUCCGCCUGUAUGCGGCGAUACUUCAGCUUCGGUGGCCUUAUGGAAACAGUCAGGGGAGUCACCCUCAUGGACUGAACCAUGCUUGGCACUGCCUGGCACAGAUACUGAACAUGGAGCCUCUGGCUGACGUGACCGCCACAAUUCUGUUUGACUUCUUGGAGGUCUGUGGGAAUGCUCUCAUGAAGCAAUACCAAGUGCAGUUUUGGAAGAUGAUGCUUCUUAUCAGAGAAGAGUAUUUCCCAAGAAUUGAAGCAAUCACUAGCGUUGGAGAAAUGGGCUCCUUAAUGAGAUUCAAGCAGUUCUUAGAGAAAUGUUUACAACGGAAAGAAAUUCCUCUGCCAAAGGGAUAUUUGCCGCCAUCUUUUUGGAAGUUAUGAUUUGGCUUCUCAUGGUUGCAUCUGCACCUAGAAGUUCAAAGAACAGUCUUCCCUGUGAAAAAGAAACCAGUUACGCCUCCGGAGACCUUUUCGCAUCGAGGAUAUACAAUCAACGGACAAUCUUUGCCCUUCUCCAAAUUUUAUUUUCUGCUCGGCAGGAUUCAGACCUUAGUAACACUUCCAUAAAUUACUUUGUAAUGAUUGUUUUUUUUUAAAAAAUGUCUGUUUAAUUUUGUCAGCUUUCUGGAACAGGAUAUGAUAGGAUACUAUAUUAAUAAUUAUUGCCAGCUGGCCCCUCCCCACCACAUUCCGUCAGUGGAAUGCCUUUCACUGUCCUAGAGGACUCUACAGUGCUUGUGAAAUUACACAAGGGUAGUUUUUGACACUGUGUAUCCUUACCUUAGGAGCACUGAGAGCAGAAACUAAGAAGUCUGGUGCUACAAUGCUAAUAAAAUCAGGGAGCACUUUUAAUUGUUUAGUUGUUCUGAGGAAACAGUCGCAAUCGUAAGUUCGGGCAGCAGGAGGUGUGAGCUCAUGGAGGUGAGUCGCCUUUAUUUUAAGGAUAGCCAUUGAUUUAUGCUUUUUCUUCAUUAAAAACCCUUGUUGAAGUGACAUUUUAUUUCCCUAAAUGUAUUCAGGAUCAUGGGGAUUUACUUGAUUUUGCAGUUUUUCUACUUAGUUGGCAUCCAAAGAAGAAAACAGAAAAGGAAAUUGUCUUCCUGCUCAUACAUUUCAAAUACAGGAAACAUUGGGGGAUUAAAUGGCGAGGAUGCAUAUAUAUGAAGCUGUGCAUUAAUGCUAUCCAGUAGAGCAGGGGUGGCCAAGGGUAGCUCUCCAGAUGUUUUUUUGCCUACAACUCCCAUCAGCCCCAGCCAGCAUGGCCAGUGGCUGGGGCUGAUGGGAGUUGUAGGCAAAAAAACAUCUGGAGAGCUACCCUUGGCCACCCCUGCAGUAGAGGAAGCCCUCCUUUGAUUAGUUUCAACUGGAUGUCAUGUGGGCUGGAUGCCAGAGAGGCUGUUGUUGCCUGGAAGGGAAGGGCGACUGCUUUCUCCUGCACAGGACUCGUAUCUGUCAAGGCAGGAAACAUCAAAUGAAGUUUUUGUAUUGGUCUGCUGCAUGGAUGGAUAUCGUGAGAAUACAUAGCUGAAGAAAGCUGGUAAAUUAAAGUUUGAGCUUUAUUUUGUGUGAA